UAUGGUACGCGAAUAACAGGGACAACGCCAAACGGCCGAAACCAAGCGGCUCGUAUCCCAAGGGUGAUACUUACAACUGGAACCGAAACCCGUCGCUUGAACCUCUACUGACGGCGGCGAAGGAGAGAGAGAGCUUGGAACACGGUAAGGAGGAGCUGAACAAACUCUUAGACCACUUAGCGAAAAUGCAGGAGCUUGGCCUAGGUCUGUUGCCUGACAGUGCAGCCUACAUGCACCAAAACGGGUUCAAGAAGUCCGACCCUUUCUCGGCCACUAUGUCCCAGCAGGGCUACCUCUUCAACGCAGCGACAGCUAAUCUCACCCACAAGUUGAAACUUGACCCCGAGUACGUGACCUUCGACCUCCCGUUCCAAGGUGACCUUAUCACAACGGACGAGUUCUGCGAUAAGAACAAGACAAGGGAGGAGCCGACGGAUUGCAAGGCCUUCAGGCACUACAGGUCCAUCGACGGAACCUGCAACAACCUGGCCUUCCCGACCUGGGGCUCCACCUUCACGCCCCUCCUUCGGGUUACCCCUUCCUUCUACAGCGACGGAGUGAAGAAGUUCCGCCUGGCCAAUAACGGAGAGGAGCUUCCAAGCGCUCGUCUGGUGAGCUCCAAGGUCAACCUCAAGCGGAACGUCGAGUCGCCCUUGAUCUCCGUCCUGUUCACGACCUUCGGGCAGUUUCUCGACCACGACCUCACUUUCGCGCCCUUGCACAAAAGGGCUGACGGGAAGGACGUCCCUUGCUGCCCCGAAGCGCUCAACGGAAAUGACUCGAUGAGGCAUCCUGAGUGCGCGCCCAUAGCCAUCCCCGCCGACGACCCCUUCUAUGCGCAGUUCAACCAGACGUGCAUGGAGUUUGUGCGCUCGGUGGGGGACUCCAGCUGCGUGUGGGGUCCUCGGCAGCAGCUCAACGAGAAGACCUCCUACCUGGACGGCUCGGUCGUCUACGGCUUCAAGCAGGCCUUGAGCGAUUCCUUGAGGGAGUUCAAGGACGGACUGCUGAGGAUCCAGCUCACGAAGGAGGGUGAGGUGCUCCUUCCCCCGAACAAAAACAUGACCCUCCCGUGCAACAAGCAGGAGAGAGCAGAUAUGGGCCUGUUCUGCUUCCUAGCAGGAGACGAUAGGGUCAACGAACAGCCCUUGCUCAGUCUCCUCCACCUGAUAUGGGUGCGGCACCACAACCAGCUGGCGAAGGGGCUGAAGGAACUGAACCCUCGCUGGGACGACGAGAAGCUGUUUCAGGAGGCGCGGCGGAUCCUGUCGGCGCAGUUGCAGCACGUCACGUACAACGAAUACGUGUCUCUCCUUUUCGGUAAAAAGCUCUCCAGCAAGUUCAACUUCUUGCCUCUGAAAGGAAAAGCGAGAACGAACAUCUAUGACGAGACCGUGAGCGCCGCCGUCAGCAGUGAUUUCGCCACCGCCGUCCUUCGCUUCGGCCACACUCUAAUCUCGGGCAACGUCGAGCGCAUGGACAAGGCGGGAGACGUUGCCUGCACCGAGAUGUCCUCCGUGCUGAUGAACCCUUUCGUUAUCUACACCAAGGGCGCCGUGACUGAGCUGAUCAGGGGCGAAGUGGCUCAGAACGCGGCGAAAGUCGACCCUUUCUUCACCCCCCAGGUGACGGGGAAGCUGUUCCGAGGGGACAUGCCCUUCGGGAUGGACCUGGUGGCCCUCAACAUGCAGCGCGGGCGGGACCAUGGCCUGGCGCCCUACAGCCGCGUGCGGAUGGCCUGCGGCUUGCCACUCAUCACGAAAUUCAAGCAACUUCGACGCGUGAUGGACAAUGGCGUCGUGCAGAGUCUUAAGAGAGUUUACAAACACGUAGACGACAUCGACCUGUUCAUCGGCGGGAUGGCGGAAACCCCGGUCAAGGGAAGCCUCGUCGGCCCCACCUUCGCCUGCAUCCUCGCCGACCAGUUCCUCAGGCUCAAAGUCGGCGACAGGUACUGGUACGAGACGAAUAACCCCGACACGCAGUUCGAGACAGCGCAGCUCAAGGUAAUUCGCAAAACGACCCUGGCAAGUAUCAUGUGCAGCGUCAUUCCCGAGCUGAUGGAGGUACAGCUGUGGCCCUUCAAGUUGGUGUCCAGGAAAAACCCGAUGGUGCCCUGUUCCUUCUUCAAGAAAAUGAAUCUGAAACCGUGGAGGGAAUGAAAGAAGUUUAAUUGGAAGGAUU